AGUUUCCGCGCAGUUCCGCUGGGCCGUGCCGGGCGGUGCCGGGCCGUGCCGAGCCAGAACUGGCGAGAGUGGGGGCCUGAGUUGCGGUGCCGGGGACAGGCGCUCGGGGCAGCCCGCGCCUUGCCGAGGUCCCUGCCCCGUCCCGGCCGGGCGGGCUUGUCUGUCAGUCACUGGGGCGGAGGCAGCGGCGGUAGCUGGGCUGUAGCCGGGCGGUGAGAACAGCGCGGGCCAGGCCGAACGGAAGGGACCUGCCACAGCCCCUCAACUCCACGGACACUUCGCCCCAGACUCGCGGAGCUGCAUCUCCGCGCUUCGUCGGACGCCUCCGUAACCACGAAGGGCUCUCUCCCCCGUGACCCUCCAGCCCCAUGACCUCUUCAUAGCACCCGAGAGCUCACCCAGGCGAGGGUGUUGUGGGUACAGGCCAUCGACCUUGUGACCCCUCAAGAGCCAGGGACUCGGUUUCCCCGCAGGCCUCCCUCCCCAGUGACUCCCUCCACACAGAUUCUGGGGACAGAGCUGUUACCUACCACUAGGAUCCCCGCUUGAGAGCUCCUCAUUGACGGCUCCCUCCUCGGAGUCCCCUUCACUGGGUCUCCUAAGAGCACCCCUUUUGGUCUCUGGCAAGCCUCCCACCCCAAACGAGGUGGGGAGGCCUCGGCAGCCAUGCCCGCCCUGGGCUCCCCCUCACCCCACCACUCCCUGGGCACCCAAGCCGGGGUCUAGCAGGGGGCCAGCAGCCAAGGGGCUGGGGCAGGAGACAGAUCAGGGCCCACCUCCCUGCCAGGGAGGGAGCAAAGAUGGAGCGGCGGGAGGAGCAGCCGGGGGCUGCAGGGGCUGGAGCAGCACCAGCCUUGGACUUCACUGUGGAGAACGUGGAGAAGGCGCUGCACCAGCUCUACUAUGACCCCAACAUUGAGAACAAGAACCUGGCUCAGAAGUGGCUGAUGCAGGCCCAGGUCUCCCCACAGGCCUGGCACUUCAGCUGGCAGCUACUGCAGCCUGACAAGGUACCAGAGAUCCAGUACUUUGGGGCCAGUGCUCUUCACAUCAAGAUCUCUCGCUACUGGAGUGACAUCCCCACUGACCAGUAUGAAAGCCUAAAGGCACAGCUCUUCACCCAGAUCACCCGCUUUGCCAGUGGCUCCAAGAUUGUACUGACUCGGCUGUGCGUGGCACUGGCCUCACUGGCUCUCAGCAUGAUGCCUGACGCUUGGCCAUGUGCUGUGGCAGAUAUGGUACGACUCUUCCAGGCUGAGGACUCACCAGUGGAUGGCCAGGGCCGCUGCCUAGCCCUGCUAGAGCUACUGACAGUGCUGCCUGAGGAGUUCCAGACCAGCCGCCUACCCCAGUACCGCAAAGGGCUGGUGCGGACCAGCCUGGCGGUGGAAUGUGGGGCUGUCUUCCCGCUGCUGGAGCAACUGCUACAGCAGCCCAGCUCACCCAGCUGUGUGCGUCAGAAGGUGCUCAAGUGUUUCUCCAGCUGGGUGCAGCUGGAGGUGCCACUGCAGGACUGUGAGGCGCUCAUUCAGGCUGCCUUCGCUGCUCUGCAGGACUCGGAGCUCUUUGACAGCAGCGUGGAGGCCAUUGUGAAUGCCAUCUCACAGCCUGAUGCCCAGAGGUACGUGAACACACUCCUGAAGCUCAUCCCGCUAGUGCUGGGUCUGCAGGAACAACUGCGGCAGGCAGUGCAGAAUGGGGACAUGGAGACCUCCCAUGGCAUCUGUCGCAUCGCUGUGGCCCUGGGCGAGAACCACUCUCGGGCCUUGCUGGACCAAGUAGAGCACUGGCAGAGUUUCCUGGCACUUGUCAACAUGAUUAUGUUCUGCACAGGCAUCCCUGGCCACUAUCCUGUCAACGAGACCACCAGCUCCCUAACCCUCACCUUCUGGUACACACUGCAGGAUGAUAUUCUAUCCUUUGAGGCAGAGAAGCAGGCUGUAUACCAGCAGGUGUACCGGCCAGUCUACUUCCAGCUGGUGGAUGUGCUUCUGCACAAGGCCCAGUUCCCUUCUGAUGAGGAAUAUGGAUUCUGGUCCUCAGACGAGAAGGAGCAGUUCCGAAUUUACAGGGUGGACAUCUCAGACACGCUCAUGUAUGUCUAUGAGAUGUUGGGGGCCGAGCUGCUCAGCAACCUCUAUGACAAGCUGGGUCGUUUGCUCACCAGCUCAGAGGAGCCCUACUCCUGGCAGCACACAGAGGCCCUCCUCUACGGCUUCCAAUCCAUCGCAGAGACCAUUGACGUCAACUAUUCUGAUGUGGUGCCUGGGCUCAUUGGCCUCAUCCCACGGAUCAGCAUCAGCAACGUGCAGCUGGCAGACACUGUCAUGUUCACCAUUGGAGCUCUGUCUGAAUGGCUGGCUGACCACCCCGUCAUGAUCAACAGUGUUCUGCCCCUGGUACUGCAUGCCCUAGGCAAUCCUGAGCUGUCUGUCUCUUCUGUGUCUACCCUCAAGAAGAUCUGCCGAGAGUGCAAGUAUGACCUGCCUCCCUAUGCUGCCAACAUUGUGGCUGUGUCCCAGGAUGUGCUGAUGAAACAGAUCCACAAGACAAGCCAGUGCAUGUGGCUGAUGCAGGCGCUGGGCUUCCUGCUGUCAGCUCUUCAAGUGGAGGAGAUUCUUAAGAACCUGCACUCGCUUAUCUCACCCUAUAUCCAGCAACUGGAGAAGCUGGCAGAGGAGAUACCCAAUCCCUCCAACAAGCUGGCCAUUGUUCACAUCUUGGGGCUUCUCUCCAACCUCUUCACCACACUGGACAUCAGUCAUCAUGAGGAUGAUCAUGAAGGCCCUGAGCUUCGGAAGCUGCCAGUGCCACAGGGACCCAACCCCGUGGUGGUGGUGCUGCAGCAGGUCUUCCAGCUUAUCCAGAAGGUGCUGAGCAAAUGGUUGAAUGAUGCCCAGGUUGUGGAGGCGGUGUGCGCUAUCUUUGAGAAGUCUGUUAAGACGCUGCUGGAUGACUUUGCCCCCAUGGUGCCACAGCUGUGUGAGAUGCUGGGUCGGAUGUACAGCACCAUCCCCCAGGCCUCUGCUCUUGACCUCACUCGACAGCUGGUCCACAUCUUUGCUCAUGAGCCUGCCCACUUUCCCCCAAUUGAGGCCCUCUUCCUGCUCGUCACCUCCGUCACACUCACUCUCUUCCAGCAAGGGCCCAGGGAUCAUCCUGAUAUUGUUGAUUCAUUUAUGCAACUCCUGGCACAGGCUCUGAAGCGGAAGCCAGAUUUGUUCCUGUGUGAACGAUUGGAUGUCAAAGCUGUGUUCCAGUGUGCUGUGCUGGCCCUCAAGUUCCCUGAGGCACCUACUGUCAAGGCCUCCUGUGGCUUCUUUACAGAGCUGCUGCCUCGGUGUGGGGAAGUAGAGUCUGUGGGAAAAGUGGUACAGGAAGACGGUCGUAUGCUGCUCAUAGCAGUGCUGGAGGCCAUUGGGGGCCAGGCCUCCCGCAGCCUCAUGGACUGCUUUGCCGACAUCCUGUUCGCCCUGAACAAGCACUGCUUCAGCCUUCUGAGCAUGUGGAUCAAGGAGGCCCUGCAGCCACCUGGUUUUCCCUCUGCCCGCCUCAGCCCUGAACAGAAGGAUACCUUCAGCCAGCAGAUCCUUCGCGAGCGAGUGAACAAGAGGCGGGUGAAGGAGAUGGUGAAGGAGUUCACACUGCUGUGCCGGGGUCUCCAUGGCACAGAUUACACAGCUGACUACUGAGGGGUGCCCCCAUCCCACCCACCCCUUCUCUUCACCCUUCCCUAUCCCCAAAGAGUAAACCUUGACCCUCA